AUGACUGAACAAAACAUUUUAGACAAGUCUAUGAGAAGUGUUUUUGUUGGAAAUAUUCCGUAUGAGGCAACUGAGGAAAAACUAAAAGAUAUAUUUAAUGAAGUAGGACCAGUUAUAUCAUUUAAACUGGUGUACGACAGAGAAACUGGUAAACCUAAGGGUUAUGGUUUUUGUGAAUAUAAAGAUCAGGAGACUGCACUUAGUGCCAUGCGUAAUCUCAAUGGCUAUGAAAUUGGAGGUCGUACUCUACGUGUUGACAAUGCUUGUACAGAGAAAUCCAGACUAGAAAUGCAAUCAUUAAUGAUGGGAAUGCCUACUUCGGAAAGUCAUUAUGGUGAUGCAGUUAAUGCAGAAAAAGCACCAGAGAUCAUAAACAAUGUGGUUUCCACUUUACCACCAGAACAAUUGUAUGAACUUAUGAAACAAAUGAAAGAAUGUAUUCAAAAUAAUCCUGCAGAAGCUAGAAAUAUGUUGCUCCAGAAUCCUCAACUUGGUUAUGCAUUAUUGCAAGCACAAGUUAUAAUGAAAAUUGUGGAUCCAGAAGUUGCUAAAACUAUGUUGCAUCCUGCACAUAAAGUACCACAAACACAACGCAUUCCAAACGCCUCAGCAACAACUUCAAGAGUUCAGCCAGUUCUUCAAACUCCUAAUAAUGAUAAUAGUAUAGAUUGGCAACAUAAUAAUGUGUAUCGUGGGCAAAGCACAAGUCAAGAUUUAAGGCAGCCACCACCAAAUCAAAUUCCGUUCCUCCCACCGCCGCCACCUUUGUUGUCAAAUAUUGAACCUUCGCCGUCAUUUAUGGCUGGAAGAGAUUUUCCACGGACAUCCGCGAUGGAUUCAGAUCAACGAUCAUUUGGGGAUAUGUUUAGAGAUCACAGACCUAAUAAUAAUUUUAUGAGCAUGCCACCACCGAUGAUUGUACAACAACCAAUAGUGCCAGAACAAAAAGUUCCUCCAAAAAUUAUUCCGUCUUCUCAACCUCAACCCCAACAAGCACCUAAGCAAAUUGUUAAAACAUCUGAUUCUGAAAAGGCUGCUCUGAUAAUGCAAGUAUUACAGUUAACUGAUGCACAGAUUGCAAAGUUGCCUCUUGAACAGCGCCAAAGUAUACUUCAACUAAAAGAAAAAAUUUCUAAUUCUAAUAAAAAGAAAGAUUAA